UCUACUUUUUUCUCCUCUUUUUCCUCGCUCUUACCUCACUCUCUCUAUCACUUUACUCUGCUUUUCCCACGCUUUCAUCAUACACUCUCUCUCUCUUUCCCUUUGGGUUUCUGUUCCCGGAUUUUUAAACCCUAAAUACAGGCAAUGCUGUUUUUGUUUUUGUCUUUCAAUGGCUUCUGUUUCUGUUUCUGUCUUCGCUAGAUCUACUUCAUUGUCCCGUUGGUUAACCCUUUUCUCAAUUUUUUAGUUUUCAGUCUUCUCUCUUUCUUAUGCCAUUUCACACUGUUUGCACUUAGAUCGAGAGCGUGGGGGCUUGGAUUCUUGCUAAACAACCUGCAUUUUGUGUUAGAUCCAAGUAUGAUCUUCUAAAUGCACGUAUAAAUGUUGCGCCUUUGAGAGAGAGCUCUGUUAAUUGUCUUCCUGUUUGAGAUUGCUACUUGUGCUUGAUUUAUGAGCACAAGUUCUUUAACUUACAAUGGAGGAAACGUUAGUGCCAUCUGUUGAAGAGCCAGUGAAUAAGGUUCAAACUUCAGUGAAACAGUCCUCUGUUAGUUCAGUGGAGACAAUGAAAAAGGUAACAAAAACCACGAAACUUACAGUUGCUGCAACCUCAAGCCUUUUAGCUCCAACUGGUUCUAUCAGAAAGAGAACUGAACCAAAAAGCAGUUCAGAUUCAAGUUCAAAAGUGACCAAACCAAAUUUAACUGCUUCAUCUCGUAAUUUAAAUUCAGUUCCAGUGGCAAGAAGAAAUAGUACUGGAGGAAUGCCAGAGAAAUCAUCUACAAUAAAACGGCAAAAUAUUGUUACUAAUGUUGCAGGCAAAAGAACUACUGCUGCAUCAGACCCAGUUAGGCAGUCUCUUCCAGAGCUUAGAAGGAGUUCCUUGCCUUCAGUUGCUGCAAAACCUGUAACUCGAACAAGUGUUUCAGAGGUUAGGAAGUCGCUUCCUGUGUCAACUAUGGAUAAGAGUUUAAGAUCAUCAACAGGCUCUGAUGUAAGCAAGUCAGGGAGUGCCAAGAAACCUUCAGUUAAGCCAUCAUUGCCAUUCUCUUCCUCCUCAAAAAGGCAUUCUUCGACAUCAUUGGACAGUACUGGCAGUAGUGUGAGCAGGAAGACAGUUUCAAAGGUUUCUUCACCAUCAGCUGGCUCACCUUCAGUUUCUAGUGGAUUCAGAACUGGGUCGUUGUCGACAUCUCUGGAUAGAAGUUCUAAUUUGUCUGGACGGAGGAGAAUGGGCACUCCUGAAAGCCGAGAUUCUCGUUUCAUUGUUCUUCCACAGGUGGAGAUUAAAGCUGGUGAUGAUGUGAGAUUGGAUCUUAGGGGUCACAGAGUUCGUAGUCUUAAUGCUAGUGGGUUGAACUUGUCGCCAAAUUUAGAGUUUGUCUAUCUGAGGGACAAUCUCUUAUCUACAUUGGAAGGAAUUGAGAUACUGAAGCGGGUGAAGGUCCUUGAUUUGAGUUUCAAUGAGUUUAAGGGGCCUGGGUUUGAGCCUCUUGAGAAUUGCAAGGCUCUGCAGCAACUUUAUCUUGCUGGUAAUCAAAUCACAUCACUUGUAACUCUUCCUCAGCUUCCUAAUCUGGAGUUUCUCUCUGUUGCUCAAAAUAAAUUAAAGUCACUUUCAAUGGCAAGUCAACCUCGACUACAGGUAUUAGCUGCUAGCAAAAAUAAAAUAACAACUCUAAAGGGUUUCCCACAUCUACCUGUCCUUGAGCAUUUACGCGUUGAGGAGAAUCCUAUACUUAAGAUGCCCCAUUUAGAAGCAGCAUCCAUUUUGCUUGUUGGUUCUACACUGAAAAAGUUUAAUGAUAGAGAUCUUUCUCGGGAAGAGGUGGCAAUUGCAAAGCGUUAUCCACCUUGCACAGCCUUGUGCAUUAGAGAUGGUUGGGAGUUUUGUCGUCCUGAGAAUGCAGCAGACUCAACUUUACGCUUUCUUUUUGAGCAAUGGGAAGAUCAUUUCCCCCCAGGCUAUCUGCUCAAGGAUGCCUCUGUCGAUCAACCUUUUGAAGAAGAUGCUUGUCGCUGCCACUUUUUUUUUGUCCAAGACAGCACUGUGAGCAUUGAUCCACAACUUGUGUUAAGAUUUCAAUGGUUUGUGGGAGAGAGAACACUUUCAAAUUUUGUUGCUAUUCCUGAUGCCACUGGAGAGGUCUACUGGCCAAAGCAUGAAGACAUUGGUAAAUUUCUGAAGGUGGAAUGCACUCCUAUGCUAGGAGAGACGCAGUAUCCCACAGUUUUUGCCAUAUCUUCACCAGUUUCCCGGGGAAGUGGAAUUCCAAAGGUUGUGAACCUUGAAGUGCGUGGGGAUUUAGUGGAAGGAAAUGUCAUCGGAGGCUAUGCUGAGGUUGCAUGGUGUGGUGGAACUCCUGGAAAAGGUGUUGCCAGUUGGUUGAGGAGAAGAUGGAAUAGUAGCCCUGUUGUUAUUGCUGGUGCAGAAGAUGAGGAGUAUCGACUGACUUUAGAUGACAUUGAUUCAAGUUUGGUCUUCAUGUACACACCAGUCACAGAGGAAGGUGUCAAAGGGGAACCUCAGUAUAAGUAUACUGAUUUUGUUAAGGCAGCUCCUCCAUCGGUUAGUAAUGUCCAAAUUGUUGGAGAUGUUGUUGAAGGAUGUAUCAUAAAAGGAGUUGGGGAGUACUUUGGGGGAAGAGAAGGUCCCAGCAAGUUUGAAUGGUUACGUGAGAAUAAGGAAAAUGGCAGAGAUUUUCUAUUGGUAUCAACGGGUACAUCUGAGUAUACUUUGACUAAGGAAGAUGUAGGCCGGCACAUAGCUUUUGUUUAUAUACCCAUUAAUUUUGAAGGGCAGGAAGGGGAAUCUGUAUCAGUAAUGUCUUCUGUGGUGAAGCAAGCACCUCCAAAAGUAACAAAUGUUAAGAUAAUUGGUGAUAUAAGGGAAAACAACAAGGUUACUGUAACUGGUACUGUUACGGGGGGAACUGAAGGUUCUAGCAGAGUUCAGUGGUUUCAAACAAGUUCUUCAGCAUUGGACAGUGAGAAUGGUCUUGAAGCAGUGAGUGCUUCCAAAAUUGCGAAGGCAUUUCGCAUCCCUUUAGGAGCAGUUGGCUAUUACAUUGUUGCGAAAUAUACACCUAUGACUCCAGAUGGCGAAUCUGGUGAACCGGUAUAUGCUGUAUCUGAAAGAGCAGUUGAAACGCUUCCCCCAAGCCUAAAUUUUUUGUCUAUUACUGGGGAUUAUGCUGAAGGAGGCAUGUUGACCGCAUCAUAUGGCUAUAUAGGGGGUCAUGAGGGAAAAAGUGUGUAUAAUUGGUAUCUUCACGAGGCUGAAACAGACUCUGGUACUUUGAUACCUGAGGGUUCAGGAGUUCUUCAAUAUCGUAUUACCAGAGAUGCAAUUGGUAAAUUCAUAUCCUUCCAAUGUGUCCCUGUGCGUGAUGAUGGGAUUGUAGGUGAGCCAAGGACUUGCAUGGGACAGGAACGGGUUCGACCUGGAAGUCCGAGGUUGCUCUCUCUACAAAUAAUUGGAAUUGCUGUUGAAGGAACUCAAUUAAGUGUGAACAAGAAGUAUUGGGGAGGUGAAGAAGGAGAUUCAGUUUUCCGUUGGUUUCGGACUAGUUCAGAUGGCACUCAAAGUGAAAUUCGUGAUGCUACUGCUAUGUCAUACGAGCUUUCAAUUGAUGAUAUUGGAUUCUUUAUUUCGGUCUCAUGUGAGCCUGUCAGAAGUGAUUGGGCUCGUGGUCCUAUUGUUGUUUCUGAACAAAUUGGACCUAUCAUACCUGGCCCUCCAACUUGUCAGUCCUUAGAGUUUCUAGGGUCAAUGAUGGAAGGACAACGUCUAAGCUUUGUUGCUUCUUACAGUGGAGGGGAGAGAGGAAAUUGUUUCCAUGAAUGGUUUAGAGUGAGAAGUGAUGGCGUUAGGGACAAACUAAGCGCUAAUGAGUUUCUGGAUUUGACUUUAGAGGAUGUUGGAAAAUGCAUUGAACUUGUUUAUACUCCAAUGCGCAAGGAUGGUGUGACAGGAAAUCCUAGGAGCAUAAAAUCCCAUGUGAUUGCACCAGCGGAUCCUGUGGGGUUGGAACUUGUGAUUACCAAUUGUUUUGAGGACAAGGAAGUGAUCCCACAAAAGACGUACUUUGGUGGACGGGAAGGUGUUGGAGAGUAUAUUUGGUACAGAACAAAAGAUAAGUUACAUGGUUCUGCAUUGAUGGAUAUAAGUAAUGACUGUGAGGAUGUUCUCAUAUGUAGCAAAACAUUUACAUACACUCCAUCCCUUGAAGAUGUGGGUUCUUACUUGGCCUUAUAUUGGCUGCCCACUCGUGCAGAUGGAAAAUGUGGAAAACCGUUAGUUGCAAUCUCCAACUCUCCAGUUAACCCAGCUCUUCCGGUUGUUUCUUUUGUUCAAGUGAAAGAGUUGCAUUCUGGUGUUUAUUCUGGAGAGGGAAUAUACUUUGGUGGGUAUGAGGGGGCAAGCCUAUUCAGCUGGUAUAGAGAAACUAGUGACGGUACUAUCAGUCUUAUUAACGGUGCUAACUCUAUAACUUACGCAGUCACGGAUUUGGAUUACAAUUGCCGCUUGUUGUUUGGGUACACACCAGUUCGUUCAGAUUCAGUUGUGGGAGAACUCAAAUUGUCUGAGUCAACUGACAUAAUUCUCCCAGAGCUUCCUAUAGUGGAAAUGCUUGCUUUGACUGGAAAGGGGAUAGAAGGUGAUGUACUCACUGCUGUUGAAGUAAUACCAAAGAGUGCAAUGCAACAGUUAGUUUGGAGCAAGUACAAGAAGGAUGUCAAAUAUCAAUGGUUCUGUUCAUCAGUAGUAGGGGACAGAGAUUCCUUUGAGCCUCUACCUUCACAGCAUUCCUGCUCUUACAAGGUGCGACUAGAGGACAUUGGUAGAUGCUUGAGAUGUGAAUGCAUUGUGACUGAUGUGUUUGGAAGGUCAAGUGAGCCAGCAUAUGCCGAGACUGCUGCUGUAUUGCCAGGGAUUCCUCGUAUAGAUAAAGUGGAGAUUGAAGGGAGGGGUUUUCACACAAACUUAUAUGCUGUUCGAGGCAUUUAUAGUGGAGGAAAGGAGGGCAAAAGUAGAAUACAAUGGCUUAGAUCAAUGGUUGGUAGUCCUGAUCUGAUUUCCAUACCAGGAGAGACAGGAAGGAUGUAUGAAGCUAAUGUUGAUGAUGUGGGAUACAGGUUGGUGGCUAUUUAUACUCCUGUUAGAGAGGAUGGUGUUGAAGGACAGCCUGUAUCUGCAUCCACAGAGCCAAUUGCUGUUGAGCCUGAUGUUCUUAAAGAAGUGAAGCAGAAGCUUGAACUUGGAUCUGUGAAGUUUGAGGCAUUAUGUGACAAGGACCGUUCUCCCAAAAAGGUUCCGGGAGAGGGGAGUCUUGAGAGAAGAAUUCUUGAAGUUAAUAGGAAAAGAGUCAAGGUAGUAAAGCCGGGCUCCAAGACUUCUUUUCCUACCACUGAAAUUCGUGGAAGUUAUGCUCCUCCCUUUCAUGUUGAACUUUUCCGGAACGACCAACAUCGGCUUAGGAUUGUAGUGGACAGUGAAAAUGAAGUAGAUCUAAUGGUCCAUUCCAGGCAUAUGCGAGAUGUUAUUGUCCUUGUGAUCCGAGGCCUUGCUCAACGAUUCAAUAGUACAUCUCUCAAUUCUCUCCUCAAAAUAGAGACAUAGCUUUGGCCAUGUAAUGUAAAGUGAUUUCAUUAGCAAAAUAUAUUCAUUUGUAGGUUUAGUUCAACUAAUCAACACUUUCUACCACAUUUAACUUCUUAUUUUUACUUUUCUCGUGAUUUUUGGUGUUGUGAUGUUCAUUGUUUUGUGUGUAAGCUGUGCUGUGCUGGAAAGUUUCGACGUGCCAAAAAAUCUGUAUAUUAUUAUAUCAAUGAUGAUUCUGAGAAAUGUUUGGCUUC